AUGGAAGACCUUGGAAUGGGCCAAAUUCAUGCAACACCAAACCCGGACGCCGGGAGUGGUGAUCUUCUGUUGGUGGCAGCCCCCGCGGGGACCACGCUCACGGCCGAACUUCCUCCAACGGCGAUGAGCGGAGCGGCUGUGCCACGCCGGCCCGGCUCCCAGGCUCAGGGGCCGCUUCGCUAG